AUGGGAGUGGACAUCCACCACAAGGACCGAAAGGUUUGACUCAAGGAACCCAAGAGCCAGGAUUACCUAAGGCUGUUGGUCAAGUUGUACAGGUUUCUGGCUACACCGGCCAAUUCCACUUUCUACCGAGUUGUACUCAAGAGGUUGUUCUUGAGUCUCAUCAAAAGGCGACCUUUCUCCUUCUCCUGGAUGAUCGGGAAGAUGAAGCAUCUUGGUGGAGAAACCAAAACGGCUGUGGUUGUGGGGACCAUAACAGAUGAGGACUGUGUUCAGGCGGUGCCCAAACUGAAGGUGUGGGCACUGGGCAUAAGCAGCCAAGGGCACAGCCUCAUCUUCAAGGCCGUGGGCAAGAUCCUCACCUUCGACCAGCUGGCCCUGGAUUCCCCCAAGGGCCGUGGCACAGUCCUGAGAGGUGUACGGGCAUUUGGUGAGGCUCCCAGGACCCCAUACAGCCACACCAAGCCCUAUGUCCCUUCCAAGGGCUGGAAAUUUAAGCAUGCCAGCGACCGGAGGGCCAGCCCUGGCUACAAAAACCAACCCUGGAUCUUACUGUUAAUGCAGAGAUUUUGA